ACAGUGAAUAGAAGUAGUGGAAAAUAUACUCUAGGAUUUGCAAGCUUGCGUAGAUAGUGUAUAAAAGAAUUACAUCAGGAAAUAUGGAUUUAAAUUGAUGUGAUUUAAUGUUUUGUGUACAAAAAAUGAUUUGGUUAUGUAAAUCAGAUGAUUUUUUAUGAAUUUUAAUGAAGGGCUGAUUCAGUGAGGUGUGUUUAGAAGUUAAAUAGAUUUACUUUGCAGAAAUUGUUCAGCUAAUGGAAAAUUAAAGGAUUUUAAAUGCACGGGUGACACCCAGGGGCCACUGACAUCUUAUUGGGUGUGGUAAAUAUCAGAACACCUAGAAAAACAUUGGAACUGCACUGCUGGGAACAAAGCUAAAUCUGUGGAGCUAUUUAUUUAUUUUUUGUGUGUAUGCUUAAAAAAAAAAAAGAUGUGAAUUUCUAAGAAUGUAACCUCUUAUUUUAUGAUAUAGUGCUCUUUAUCACAGUGAAAUUAUUUAUAAUAUAUGAAUAAAAAGAUAUAUUAUUCAUUAUUGGAUUAAAGUGAAAUACACAUUGUCAUCAAAGAUUGACAGAAAGAAAUUCUAGCAAGAUUUCGGCGUGAUGCCAAUUCAGUUGUCAUAGCGAUGUGUCAACAACGUGAUGGGAGUCGAGUUUUAAAGAUCAGCUCCCCAGCCUUGCUGAGAUGUUUUGUAAUAGUGUUGAGUCUGGUUUCGUUAGUGAAAGGAGCAACAUGGAUCAGUCGGCCACAGGAUCAGAGUGUCACUGUGGGCAGGAAUGUGACCUUCCCAUGCGAGGUUCAAGACCCGAACAACAACUUGACCAAAGUUUGGAACAAGGGCACCACACCAAUUUUCAUAAAUGGCGUUCGGUCGAAUGUUCCAGACAGAUAUACUCUUAUUGGAAGAAAUACUCUUGUUAUACAAAAUGUGGAAUUAGCUGAUGACUCUUUUUAUACUUGCUCAAUAUUUACAUUUGAUAAUGCGCAAGUUAAACUCACUGUUUUAUUGCCCCCAGGGCCCCCAUCCAUCACCACAAAUGUUUCAUCAAAUCAAUUCAUUGAAAAUUCUGUGAUAUCUUUUAACUGCUCAUCUACGGGUGGCAAACCGGCCCCCACAAUAGAAUGGCUGAGAAAUGGACAGCUUAUAAAUAGUGCUAUAUAUACCCCACCCGCGCAGGAAAGGGGGACAGCUUCUAGUCAUAUUGAAGUAACGUUAGGACGUUCUGAUCACAGUGCUAAUUAUUCUUGUAAAGUGUUUAAUGAGGCUAAUCAAGAUUCUCCUAGAAUAGAAACUCGGACUUUAAAUGUGCAAUAUGCCCCAUCCAUCCGUUUUGAACCUAAUUAUUCCCCUUACCGUGUCAAGAUCAACAGUCAGUUCAACUUGCGAUGUAUCGUAGACUCAAAUCCUAGCUUCACCUCAAUAGAAUGGUAUAAAGAUGGUGAACAAUUAGCAGUUGCUCUUCCAAUUUAUCCAAUUAACUCAGUGCAGAAAAGUCAUCAUGGUAAUUAUACAUGUAAAGCCAGGAACUUUAUCCAAGGCAAGCCUUAUGAAGCCAGUGCGUCUGUUUUUGUCGAUGUCAUUUAUGCUCCUAUUAUUACCACUCAGAACCUUAUUAUUGCUAACAUAUCUACUCAAGUAUCACUGAAUUGCCAAGUUGACGCAAAUCCUCCAGCCUCACGUAUAACAUGGAGAAAACUCGGAAAUGACCCAAUUGAAGCCAACGGACCAAACUUCCAGUUCACGGCUGCCAAGAGAUUUGAUGGAAAUUAUUCCUGCACGGCAUUCAGCCGACUUGAACCAUCAGGACUACCUGCAGAAGAUAUCUCCUCAACUGGAACUACCAUUGUUAAAAUACAAUAUGCCCCUGGUCAAGCGUCGAUCAAUCCCAUAUCUUCUAUAUUGGUUGGUCAGACUGUAGAACUGAAAUGUUCUGUUUCGGACACAGGAUUCCCAUUUCCGGUCUAUGAAUGGCGCAAGGUUGGGAGCCCACAAAUCUUGCAGUCAACCAACAGUCAGACAUACACUAUAGAGACUGCCAGUCUGUCACAUAAUGGGGAUUACACAUGUUUACCUAAAAAUCUGAUGGGUGAAGGGACACCUGCCACUAUAAAAGUUGUUGUUAAUUCUCCACCAGAGUUCUAUGAAUCCACACCUUCAGAAACUGUCUUCACCAUACCAAUUACUCAGUCCAAUAUUUAUCUGGAACACAAAGUGGACGGUCGUCCGGCGCCUAAUGUUCAGUGGUUCAAAAAUGGACAACCACUAGCCAUGCUGGCUGAUAUGUAUACUGUUGAGUCUACAAGCAGAUCAUUGGAUCAAUACAAAUACAGAGUAACUACAAGAGUUUCCUUCUUAGGGUCAGAAAGGGAUCAGAACAGACUGCAGAUAGAUGACCUUGGAAACUAUACGUGUAGGGUGAUGUCAGCAGAUACAGGGUCUCCUGUGGAAAAGUCAACAUUCCUUUCCGUUCAAUUUCCUCCUGAAGUAAUUGUCAGUCCCCGUGUGGCAGCCAACAUUGGCGAAACUGCCACACUGAAGUGCCUUGCACAAGCAAACCCUCCUCCAGUGUUCUAUUGGUUCAGACAAAGUCAAAGGAUAACAAACAGCUCUAAUAUAAUGGUAUAUGAGCAAACGACUGGAGGGACAGCAACAUUUGAGGGUUAUUUACAGAUCAAGUCUACACAACAAGAUGACUUUGGGGACUAUGUUUGUGAAGUUAACAACUCAUGGGGCCAGAUAAGGAGAACAGUAACACUUUCUGUCACAGAUAAACCUGAGGCACCACAGAAUUUACAGUCUACAGAGAAAACAUGGGAAUCUGUCAAAUUGAAAUGGGAUCCAGGUUUUAACGGUGGUUACCCACAAACAUUCUUUAUUGUAGUACAAAGUGAACAUGGUGCAAAAACUGUAGAAGUGUACCCGAAUGGUGUUUACACAUUUAAUGUUACUCGACUGAUGCCUCACACUUCUUACAAUUUUUUGGUAUAUGGCCAAAAUGAUUUAGGAAGGGGAACUAACUCUAAGGCUUUUACAGAUACUACUAAUGUUUUGUCCUUCCCAGCGCUGUCAGAAAUUCCAAAAUUCCAGGUAGAAGAGAAGAAAUUAGAAAUUCAUCAUGAACUUGGCCAGUCUUACUGUCUGCGUGUGGAAAUAAGCACAGAUAAUCGUAAGAAAUGGACGGUUGUUGAGCCAUGUGUGACUGCUGCUGACGGAGUUGUGUCCCUUGCUCAACAAGGAGCAACCGAUGUCAAUGUAUCUGUGUGUCUGGUGUAUCGGCCGGAAGUUUGCGGGGAUCCUGUCAUGGCAGAAAUAAACGAGCCAAAUACGCCAGAUUUGACGAAGACGCAGGUGAUAAUUAUAGGAUGUGUGUGCGCUACUAUACUGACCGUUCUACUUAUAAUUCUAGUCUGUAUCAUCUUUAAACGAAGACGGAAAAAUAAAAAUUACACCAAUGAUCCUCACAGUCCUAGAACAGUGCAGCAAGGUAACGGUGCAAUACCUAGCCAGAAACCUCGCACCUACGAUAACCAAGGUAUGACAACGCUAGGAAUAACAACGCAUGAUAAUUUUAGUAACCAAGGAACAUUAACGCGUACUAACAACUCAUCAAACCAUACUAACGGUGCUAGUUUAGCUACAAGCAAUAUAUCAUAUGGCCUUCAUUUUGAUAAUAGAAAUGGUUAUCCGGUCCAGUACGUAAGCAACCCCCGGGACAAUUAUCCCAUGGGUGACAUGUCCUAUGACUCGCAAUCAUAUGAUAAACAAUAUGAAUUUGAAAUGAACAGGCGUAAUGCAAAUAUAAGUGAUCCAUUUUACAGUGAAAAACAAGGAGAUUUAUCAUUUAAUGGCGGUUCACCGCGCACACCAACCAAAGAUCCGCAGCAAUUUAUUGGGGUACCGGAAGAACACACUAAAGAAGGCGGAAGUUUUGGAAGUGGAAAUGAAAGCGGCUAUUCAACGCCAGACAAAGCAAAACCUAAAAAGGUUAUAUAUGAAGUUGUCGUCUGAUUCCAACUUCCUAAUUUUUGUACUUUCUAUGGAAAGCCGUUGUAGCAUUCUUGCCUCAAGUCUUGUGAAAUGUUCAAUAUCGUGAUGACCUUCACCUUUCUCAUGUGCUUCCUGUUUCGUGCCUUUUUCUCUAAAAAUAAAGCAAACAACCUUGAACUUUGUGAUCUUGCAUGAUGCAUGAACUUGUGUUUUUUUAAGCCAUUUCUAAUUUAUAAAUGGCUCUAAAUAUUAGAGAAAAAAACAAA